GUGAAGUGACUGCGCAUGCGCGCCCAGACGUGGCAACGCAGCGGCAUCAUGGCCUCUCGGAACACCUACGGGAGUCUGAUGAGACCGGGGAAAAUGCUCGGCUUCCUACUCCUGGUGUUGCUAACAUCGGUGCUGGAUGCAGUGAAGGUGUCUCCCCUAAUCGAGAGGGUCAGCGACCACAAAGACUUGAAGAAACUGCUCAGGACGAGGACCAACGUUCUGGUGCUCUACACCAAGACAGCUACAUCCAGUGACGCCUACCUGAAGCUGCUGUCCGACGUGGCCCAGACAGUCAAGGGCCAAGGCACCAUCGCCUGGGUCAACUGCGGAGAUUCGGAGGGCCGUAAGCUGUGCAAGAAAGUCAAAGUUGACCCCGGCUCCAAAAGCAGCGCUGCCGAGCUGCUGCAUUAUAAAGAUGGAACCUUCCACACGGAGUACAAUAGGCCUGCCACCUUCAAGUCCAUGGUGGCUUUCCUGAAGGACCCCUCAGGGCCUCCGCUGUGGGAGGAAAACCCGGAAGCCAAAGACGUCGUCCACGUGGAAACAGAAAAAGACUUUAGGAAGCUGCUGAAGAAAGAGGAGAGGCCGCUGCUCAUGAUGUUCUACGCGCCCUGGUGUGGCGUGUGUAAGAGGAUGCAGCCCAUCUUUCAGCAAGCUGCCACGGAGACAAAGGGGCGAUAUGUUCUGGCUGGCAUGAACGUGCACCCAUCCGAAUUUGACGACCUCAAGCAAGAAUUCAGCGUCAAAGGCUACCCGACCUUCUGCUACUUUGAAAAGGGCAAGUUCCUCCACCACUACGAGAACUACGGGGCCACGGCCAAGGACAUCGCCGAAUGGAUGAAGAACCCUCAGCCAGCACAGCCAAAGACUCCUGAGGUGUCCUGGUCCGAGACAGAUUCGUCCGUCUUCCACCUGACAGACGAAUCCUUCGAUGUCUUCAUGGAGGAACAUCCAGCCGUCAUGGUCAUGUUCUACGCCCCCUGGUGUGGCCACUGCAAAAAGAUUAAGCCAGACUAUGAAGAAGCUGCCCAAAUACUCAACAAAGAUCCAAAGAGUCCGGGCGUGUUGGCGGCAGUGGACGCCACCGUCCACAAGGCUGUGGGGGAUCGCUUCAAAAUUUCCGGAUUCCCCACCCUGAAGUACUUUGAGAAAGGACAGGAGACGUACACGCUGCCGCACAUUCGCACCAAAGAGAAGAUCGUCGACUUUAUGCACAAUCCGCAGGCCCCGCCGCCUCCGGAGCAGUCCUGGGAGGACAAGCCCUCCAGCGUCCUCCAUCUUGGCUCGGAGGACUUCCGAGAGGCCCUGAAGAAGAAGAAACACAGUCUGGUCAUGUUCUACGCUCCAUGGUGUCCGCACUGUAAAAACGCUGUCCCUCACUUCACGACUGCAGCGGAACUCUUCAAAGAAGACCGCAAAAUCGCCUACGCAGCGGUAGACUGCACCAAAGGACAAAACCACGAGCUGUGCAAGCAGGAGGGCGUGGAGGGCUACCCGACCUUCAACCACUAUAACUACGCGAAAUUUGUGGACAAGUACCACGGAGAUCGCGGGGAAGCCGGAUUCAUCGGCUUCAUGCGCAGCCUGCGAGGCCGCGAUCAGGAGAAAGUCCUUAAGAAGAAGGAGGAGCUCUGAUGACGAUGGAAGGCCGCUUGAACCCCCCCAGAACCUCCAACCCCUUUCAAGGGCCCCAUCAGCACUGACACAGGAGACAAAAAUGACCUCAAAUAUUUUGAAUACCACGCUAAUCACGUUUUGUUUUUUCUUUUUUGGGGGCGGGCGCAGUACACCAAACUCGCCUGGACACUGUGACUGAUUAUGUGACAAGCUACAUGCUAAUCUAUGCAAUUCCCAAGAUGGCGGUCAGGGGGUCCCGGCAGACUUCCUGUCCAGAGCCGUCCACCAUCUUGUUUAUGGCUGCUCAUCAACAUGCGACGCCACGGUUAGCAUAGCAACGUGGCGUGACAUCAAUCCUGGCCAAAGGGUGAGUUUUUGUCUUUAAAUGGUGGCCUUAAAAUAGUAAGAAUUCCAACAGAGGCCCGGUGCCUUUUGCUUGGUUUUCUUCCGCCCUUCAAGUCAAGAACAACGAUGCCAAAUAUGGCAUCAAACGACAUUUUUUUUUUAAAUACUUUUUUUUUGUCCACCCUUCUCCAAAUAUGUCAAUGAGAAGAUAAUCAUUUUUUUCCCACAACUUUUGUCAGUCUUAAAAAAUGGCGGUUUGACAAAGAAAUGAGACGUCAGUCUCCAUAUAUUUUGUCCAUUUUCAGAUACCACAAUGAAAAAUGUGUUAUCUCCCAAUUUUGCAGCUUUUUUUCCUCAAGUCACAUCGCAAACAAUAUUAAUUCAAGUUGUUAUUUUUCUACAAGAUACCGGUAGUUUAAAUAUGGGAGAUAUUAGCUGUGACAAAGAAAUGAGACUUUCACCCUCCAUAUUUUGAUAUUUCGUUAGCCCCUUUUGAGACUGGCCAAUAUUUUUUGUCUGCCCAUUACAAAAUAUGACGAGUAAAAUAAGAGUCAUUUUUUAGGGAACAUUUAUGGUGAGAGAAAAUCUAAUUGUAUUGAUUUUCUGGAAACAAAUAGAAGACAUAAUGUACCAAAAAAAAAAAAUGUGGAUGUGAAAUGCGCCAAUAUAGAAGAAAGACUGGCAAAUAUUUUUUGAAAACAUGCUGAUGAAAAUUUCUAUUCAAUUUUUUGCAAAAAAA